ACGAGGACAUUCAGCCGCACAUCUUCAAAGACUUCUGAGAUCCUGGGCACCGGGAUUAAACGCUAAUCUACGGAGAUAUUUCUCAAGCGGCGACAGCGGCAUGGUGCCCACGCCCCAGGUGUGCGUAUCAACCCUGGUCACGGUGAGCACGAUGGCAGUGGUGGACCUCUACCUGCUGGAGCAGAGCAUGCUGGGAGCUCGUGGGCUUCCAGGACCUGGUGUGUGGCAGUGUGCGGCUGUGUUGCUAGGAGACGUGGGCUUCCUGCUCGCGUUGCGCUUUGUGUCGGCUGGAGUGGUGUCUGAGGCGCGGUCUCCUCGUCGGGGUUUUGCCAACGCCCUGUGGUUCCUGUUCCUGUCGCUGCUGCAGCUCAAACUCUUCUUCGUCUGUCACAACUACAGGCAGGAGCGCCGCCCGCCUGACCCGCUUGCCAGGAAGACGCUGACUCUGCUGCUAUCCAUCUGCCUGCCCUCCCUGUUCCUCAUCCUCACGGGGGCGGAUCACAUGACUCCGCAGCGUAGGAAGCAGGAGGUGCGGAGUCGACUCUUGUGGGUGGUGGUUGACCUGCUGGAUGUGCUGGACCUGCAGGCGGGGUUGUGGGAGGCACAAGGAGGGGGCGCAGUAGGAGCUGGAGGGGUCGUUGAGCAGAGGCUGCCUAUCUGGGCGGAGGGUCUGGUCUUCUUCUACUGCUAUGCCCUCCUGCUGCUGCUACCGUGUGUGGCCCUCACAGAGCUGGGGGCCACCGGCUUGCCAGGACAGAGAGGGCCCCGGAAGGAGGCUUUGUAUCCUUGGCUUAGCCUGGUCACCAUCAACAUCUUCACCUUGGCCCUAAGGGGCACAGGCAUGCUGUGGUAUAGGGACCCACGGGUGUCCACGGUGUUCCUGGGGAAAAACCUGUUGGCUCUGGCUGUGAAGCUGAGCUCAGCCUGGGAAAGACAUCGACAGGACCGCGGUGCCGCUGGGGCUGGUGCCGUGACUGGAUCAGAACCAGGAGACACGACUCUGCCAAGCCAGAGCUCGGGGCAGGGAGAGGACCAAGCCCAGGGGAAAGCUCCCCCUGCUCAUUAUCACACACUGUCUCGUACACAGAGCCACACUCUCUCCCACGUCAGCUUGGAGCCCACAGAGACGCCCCUAGGACCCUCUUUCAUCUCCCAUGAACUCUAGAGAGUCACUCUGAAUGAGUAUGCAUGCACAAAAAGAUGGGCGCCUACACCCUGAAAACUCAGAGCAGCAGGCUGGUAUCACAAGCGAACAGAUAACUGUGCUGAAUUUCAGUACAGCAGUGAUGGUACAACGCAGAGCUGUGGAAAUGCAUUUGGCAAGCUUUCUGCACAUUUUGUUGUGCUAAGAAGAACUCAAAAUACAUUACUGUGAAUUGUGGGAGUGUAUUUUUUCGGAUUGAACACUGUGAACACAUCUAUCAGACUGUAAAGAACACUACAGACAUGUAUUUUGAAAUCUAGUGGCGUUUCUUCUCUUCUUUGAUUGGUGCACAUUUGUUUGUUUUGUUGCAUUCAGACGCCUCAAGGUUGAUGUUUUCUUCAUAUGUGCAGCACCUGUUUGCAGGCCAGGUGCUGUCAUCUGUGGUUAACUUAUUUUCUGAUUCUGAAUUCAGUUCAUGUGGUUGGUGGGAGAAAUGAGACCAACACUCUGUUACCAUCAGAUGCCAAAGCACAGAUUCUGACCUUUGGCGUUCAUGUUCUCAGUGUAAGUUCCCGACUUUGACAGAGAGAAGUUUUAAUGCAGAGGAGAGUUGAUUUAUUUUUCCCUUUAGAACCACAGAGUCGGGAUUCAGAAGCCAUCUACAGUACCAGUAAAACUCUCCCUCUACACAGGGCUCCCGUGUUUUAAUGUGGGGUCUUACCCAGUGGAUCUGGAGUUUUUUGGCUUGUGGCCCUUUGAAUCAAAGUCUCCUCACGACCCCAAGUGACGUUCAGUUCUUAGAUCUUUCUUAUUUGAAAGAGGCAGAGAGAAAAGGUUUGAGAGGCCUGCAGACGUAGAGCUAACCACUUUUACACACUGGAAAGGUAAAGCUUAGAGAGGAGUUGGAAUAAAUAAUAAUAAUAAUAAAUAAACACAAUAUGUGUGGUGUAUAUUUAGAAUAUGUUUUCUCUUCACAUCCUUUCUGCUUCGUUUUGCCAAACUAGAUUUAUCAAGGAUGAUGCCUACGCCACAGGUGGUGCCAGCUUUUCAUCGGGACUAAAAUGAAAACUGGCUGAUAUCACUUAUUACUUGUCUGGCAGGAAAUAUUAAUCAGUGGGAUCACUCAAAACUGUGAAACCUGCAGACUCACAGGCCUCAUGAUCAGUCACUCCGGCUGCAGCGUUUCCGGUAGUGAAUCCUUCUACGGCAUUUAAAUGUAGAACUUGAGAUUAGUGAGAUAAUUUUAUAAAUAAAUAUUGUACUUUCAUAAAUAAUUCACUUUUGCUGGAUUAAAAACAUUCAGAAGUGAUUUUAGCAUGACAAAAUGUGAAUAGCGUACAGAGCCGAAUUCACAUGAAAGACAGCGUUUUCAGACAUUAAAUCUCUCAGUGGUUGGGCUUUGAGAUGGGCAGCAAACAUUUUGCAUCAUCUUAAUCCUAUUCUACAAACUACAGUACAGGUUUACUGCAGUACACUGUUUACAAAGACAGACUACCAAUGUAAGUAAUCCCUUUACACUUUCAGAGCACAUUCAAAAUUCAUGUUUUUCUGUCGUCUUGUCUCAAAGUGUCCGUUUUCAAAAAGAAGAAGAAGAAAAAAACACGUUGUGCUGCCUGUCCAACCCGUAAAUCCCCUUUUUCAUUUUAGAUGAAAGUGUUAACUUUCGCAUUUUGUUGAAUUAUUGAUGCAGCCUUUCAUUCAAUGAUGAGUUCAAAUGUGAGUGUUGUAGUAUUUGGGCAUCGUGGGGUUUUUGUGUGUGAGAAGAAGGUGUAGAGGACAUACAUUACAGUACAAGUGCCUUGUUUCCUCAUGGAGCGACCAGCCUCUGAGCAUAAUGUGACCAUGUGGAACUUGGACAUACGCCAUGUGUAUACUGUGAAGUUAUUCUCCAGCUGUUGUCAGCUACACCUCCAGGACAGAGAGCAGACUAAUAAAGUGUUUCAUACUC